AUGACAAAAAUUCAAUCAGCCAGUACCAGUGCCACUACUACCACCAAUACUAACAUCAAUAUGACUAAUAUUCAUCAAGAAGCUGUAAAUGAAGUUAAUGAGUUUCUAGAUACUUGCUAUGUAUUGGCCUCUGAAGCAUGCUGGAGAAUUUUCUCAUUUAAACUGCAUCAAGAGCACCCAACCCACCAAAGACUGGCAAUCCAUCUUGAAAACUCUCAGCCAGUAUAUUUCUAUGAUUCUACAAAUCGACAUCAAUUAUCAAAUGCAAACAUAAACACAACAUUGACAGAUGCUACAAGCUUCCAGAAUCUUUGGACAGUAGAGGGGCAACUAUAUGAAACAAAUCAAGCUGCGUGCCAAGCUUUAGGACUGUUAAUAGAUGACAAGGAAUGGGAGAAAUGCAUGGAAGAGGCUAAAUCAUAUGAGCUCCCAUAUUCAUUAAGAUAA